AUGAUUUGGUAUCUGUUGUAUCCUUUGCGAGGAACGACGGAAGCUCCUGUCUUGAACCCGAACCACCCUCUCCGCCGAGCCUUCGCGCGGUACGGUCGAUACGCCGCGAGACACGUUGUAUCGACCCUAAUUAUCUCCGUCGCCGUCGCCGCCAUCCUCAUAUACCCCUUUCCGUACCUGUACACCUCGGACUUGAGCAAUGGCGCCUCCAACCUCCCCCACCAUGUAUGGACUGCUGCGCAGCCACUCAAGGAAAACAGCACCGAGUCCGAUGUCAUUAUGCGGUCCAUAUGGGUCCACGGCAGCUACAUGAAGGCUUUGGAUCGCGACGUCCUGCUCGGUGCUCUUGAACUGCAGGACGAACUGCUCGGGUCCACCAAAGAUUUCAGCCCGCGGCGGACCGUCACGUCCCUCCGGGCCCACGACCCCCACGUAGAUCUCGCCCCCGGAGACCGGGAUGCUUUUCACGUCAUCAAUGGCCUUACCAAUCAGUCGUGGUUCUUCCACUCGCCCCUCCAAUACUGGGCCUGCUCCACGGAGCGCAUUUCCGCCGACGAGGACAUCGUUUCCACGGUCAACGCGAGGAAAACCCAGCCGACGUCGGUCAAUGUUACUCUCAGGCAUUCCAUUGUCUUCAGUGGCAAGCGCUUCGAGGACAGAAAACUCUUGGCAGCCGAUGCCCUCGUCAUCACGCUGAUUCAUCUGCGUGAUUCGCCCGUCGGCCGUCAGUGGGAGAGAAAGGCCGAAGCACUCGCGACUCGGAUGAAGGACCAAUGGACCGCCUACCCGGCAGACGGAAAGAGCAUGUCCAGCCAGCUGUACGAGUUCCAGUUUAUGCCCAUAUCCGUGCAAGAUACGGUACUUCUGGCGCUCGCGUACGGCCUCGCAGGCCUCUAUUUCCUUUAUAGCCUCUCCAAGCUGAGGGCUGUCAAAUCCAAGUUUGGCUUGAUAGUCACUGUCUUCGCACAGGUCGUCGUCUCAAUCAUGUCUAGCUUUACGGUCUGCGCCAUCUUUCGCGUCGACUUGUCUGGCAUUCCUCAGGCGGCGUAUCCCGUCGUGGUUCUCUCGAUGAGCCUCGAAAACAUAUUCAGACUCAUAAACGCCGUCAUUAUGACGCCUUCGGAGAGCAGCACGAGCAGUCGGAUCAGUCGCGCGUUCGGGGAAACAGCACAUGUUGCGUUGGCCAGCUCUGCACAGAACGUCCUCAUCUUGUGGGGCCUGUCCAAGAUUGUCUCGCCUGGCGUAUCCGCAUUCUGUACCUUUGUGGCCGUUGCCAUUCUCUUCGACUUCUUCUACUUGUCGACGUUUUUCCUGGCAGUCCUCAGCGUUGACGUACGGCGGACAGAGCUCGGCGACGCGCUUGCCAAGGCCUCGUUGAAGAACAACAGAUAUGGCCAGGAGCAGCCGCUGAAGAGGAGCUGGCUUGAGGCGAUGUUGCAAGGCAAGAUUGCUCUGUCAACACGCAUCGCCGGUACGGUCAUUAUGAUCACUUUUGUUCUCAUUGCACAGUGGCACUUUUUCGAGAAUGACACAUUCAUCCGACUCUUGCGGGGGCUUUUCAAGGUCUCCAGAGACACCGUCAGCUUCAGCCAGCCAAAGAAUUCGCUGCUAGUCGAUAUCCACCAAGCGCGAAGUCCGACAUCCUGGCUUCGCCUUCAAGAUCACGAAAGCGCGCGUGAGGUCAUCAACGUCAUUAAGCCGCGGUCCCAUAGUUACAUCGCUCGUGUAUACGACCCUCUGGUAUUCGUCCUUAACGGCGCGGACCGCACGCCCGUUGCGCCAGAGCGUCCCCUACUGCCGGCUCUGUACGACUUUAUCGACCAUCACCUGAAACACUUUCUCGUAACCGUGCUGUUCAUUCUCUCUGCCGUCCGUCUCCUCAUGAACUACCUGCUCUGGGGAGACGAUGCUGAGUCGAGACGCAACGACGACAUGAGCGACCAACCACUCUUGGCGAUUGAAUCUCUCCCUGAAGCACACUCUUUGGAUGUCGUACUGAUGUCGUCCUCGUACGACGGGCACAUCAUCUCGGUUGGGCUGGACCGCGCAAUCCGGGUGUGGGAUGUCCGAUCGGGGGUAAGGGACUACUCGCUUGCUGACAUCGAGCCGCCGCCUGAAAACCCGUUCCCGGUUCUGGCAGUCGCCACGGACAAGAAAUCUAGCUGGUUGGCUUUGUUGUCAUCCAACAAGGUCUUUCUCUGGAACCUUGUCGAGCAUCGUUGGGGUCAUCCGGUUCCGGUUGAACUGAAUGGUCAGAAGCCUGAGGGCUUUUUUUUCGGUACUCCAACUUUUGACUUCGCCAGUCCGCUUGUCAUUGUCUGCCGAAACGGCUCUAUGACCCAGAUCGUCCCCGGCAUGAAGGAGCCAAUGGAGUUUACAAUUUGCAAGAGUCCCUUGAUCUCGGUCCGGCCGCUCGUGCAAAAGAUUGCGCCGCAAGGCUCUUCGCAGCUGUCGAUACUGACAGCGUCAAGAAAGGGGUGCAUCCAUGUAGCAACCCAGCAAGGGAAUGAUACAUGGGCGUCACAGAGCCUCGACCUUCAUUUUGACGAAGAUCGAGAUGCCCAUCAGGUUGUACCGCUCUCGGCCCUCGGGUCAUUUUUGGUCGCCAGGUCCCAGACAGUGGAUCUCGUCGAUGCGAGGUCCAAAAAUCUCCUUCACACGUUCGAAACGGAGCUCAUCCAACCACGGUCGUUGAGGUGCUUUCACUCCUCGCGACGGAAGCCGCAAUGCGGAUCGAUCGGGCUCGGUUCGUUUGGCAUCGCGUACAACCACGCUGAGUCGGGCGACUGCAUCAUGCACACCUUCACACCCAAGGAGGAAGGUAACGUCAUCUGUUUCCGCAACACGAGCCUUCCGCCUAGUCGUAGCUGCAGCGUAUGGUCUGAGACGAUCGAGUCGAAGCGUCAAAUCAGCAAUCCAGGCACGUGGGAGGCACUGCCCAACGGCUUCCUUGUGGGUGUGCGGAGGGACGCUUACGACGGCGGAUCGAGCAGUGGCGAGUCAUCCCCGACAACUAGCAGCGGUCUCCGGCGCAGGAUGUACCAGAGGCUGGAGAAGCGAUCGAGCAGAUCGCCGGACAGCUGGGAGGUCUGGAUCGCUUCACAACUGGGACGGGAGGAAAUUUACGAAACAAGGCCGCUUCAUGCCGACUACGAGAUCGGCUCACAUCUCAUCAUUUCAGAACUUGGUCCGAUGGUCAAGGUCGGCACGGCGUCGGCCGCAAUUGGUUUCGGCAAUGUCAUCAAGCUCAUCACGGUUGGGCAUCAACAUUUCGAGGACCUGGCCGAAAACGAAAACGGGGAGGCUCUGCACAUUGGCAGUCGACGACGUAAACCGGCAGCGGUUACGCAUGCUCGUAUGGGUAUCCAGUCAUGGAUUUGA